AAGAUAUUCAGUGUGUCUCCAUUCCCUCUGAGCUGCCACAUCACUGCAAGCUUGGGAUCAUAUUGGACAGUAAUGACAUCUAAUAAUGCUUUCUGUCUUUUCAUUCAUAUUUCCAGUGACGGGUUGGCUCAUUCACUGCAGCACAACAGCAUAGAAGCAUGAAGCCGGCGGUUAUGAGCUCUGCUGCACCAAGAGAGGAGACUGACAUCAGGCCUCUUCCCCCCGGUUGGAGGAGCUACACGUCACCAGAGGGACUCCGGUACUACGUCAACAGCUGCAGUAAAGAAACAACAUGGCGACGUCCCUCCCUGUCAGCUGAGGUCCCACAGAGACCAUUGGCACGACAGAGCUCCUCACCAUAUGCCAACGGAUGCCACAGCAGUUCAAAGAGCAGUCUGCACACAGAGGCCACUGAUGUUGCUUUGAGGAGACCCACCAUGAGCAAACAGCCCCCCGGCUCCGUUUCACCGGCCAGGAGACAGAUCAGGGAGGUCAAGGAGACCAAGAUCACGAUCAACUGUGUGACUUUCCCUCUGCCUGGAGAAGGUCCGGAGCAGCAGCUCCUCAAGCCCAACGAAUGGAGCUACUGCGACUACUUCUGGACCGACAAGAAAGACCCUCAGGGGACGACCUCAGUGGCGGGCUUCGAGGUCCUUCUGCAGAAGCAGCUGAAGGGCAAACAGAUGCAGAAGGAGAUGUCCGAGUUUAUCCAUGAGAGGAUAAAGAUUGAAGAAGAGUAUGCCAAGAAUCUCUCCAAGCUGUCUCUGAGCCCCCUGGCAGCGCAGGAGGAAGGGACUCUGGGAGAGGCGUGGACUCAGCUGAAGAAGAGUCUUCAUGAUGAAGCUGAAGUCCACCUCAAGUUCUCCAACAAGCUCCACUCUGAGGUAGAAAAGCCCUUGCUGACGUUCAGAUGCGAAAACUUCAAGAAGGAUCUGAAAAAAUAUGACCAUCACAUCGCCGACCUCCGGAAGCAGCUGGCGAGUCGCUAUGCAAGUGUGGAGAAGUCCCGUAGAGCUCUGGCAGACCGGCAGAAAGAUCUGGAGGUGAAGACCCAGCAGCUGGAGAUUAAAAUCAGCAACAAGACGGAGGAGGACAUCAAGAAGGCUCGGCGGAAAUCUACACAAGCAGGAGACGACCUGAUGCGCUGCGUGGAUCUGUACAACCAAACCCAGUGCAAGUGGUUUGAAGAAAUGGUCACCACCAGCAUGGAGCUGGAGAAGCUGGAGGUGGAGCGGAUUGAGUGGAUUCAGCAGCAUUUACGCCAGUAUACCACUCUGCGGCACGAGACGGACAUGUUCAACCAGAGUACGGUGGAGCCGGUGGACAAGCUGCUGCAGAACGUAGAUCCCGGCAAAGACAGAGAGCUGUGGGUGAAGGAAAACAACACCGGCGAGGUCCGACCCGUGGAUAUGGACAUAUAAACCAUCCUGACCUUCAGUAUUUUAACACUUCUGAUAACACUGAUCCAGGGACAGUGCAUGUGCAGACUACUGAGGUCUGCUCAUCCUCUCUGUGACGAGAAUAACAGGAGGAAGGUUUAACGCAGGCAGGUAACGGCACUGAGUCAAAGUACCGGCAUGUUCCUUCAAAAUUUUAACCCUCUCAUAAUCAACAUUAGCUUAUUGAAUGCCAUUUAACGUAUCCUGCUGUUUACCUGUUGUUAAGUGGACACUAUAAAAAAAAAAUUGUAUGUAUUUUAAAUCAUUUAGUGUAGCUUAAAUCUACAUUUUUCACAGUUCCAGUAAACCAAACUUUAAAAAAAAGUCUGAUUAACUUUAUUUUAUAUACGGAUUUUGAAGCAUAUUGAGAUCUUGGACUGAAUAUGAUAUAUUUUCAUAUUUUGCUGGAUCAUUUGGGUGGAAAUGCAUGUUUUGAAUAUCUUGCUUUUUGUGUAUAUGGAGAGCUGCACAAUUUGCUGAACCAUGAUGGUACUUUUUUUGUUAUAGUUCAUUGAAUUUACGCAAGGUAUUCUGCAUCUUGUACAUGACAGAAUUUAGGAGCUUUCUCCCACACAAAAAAAACAAGACUUUUAGGUACAGCGUUAAUAUCCAAUAAGCUCAACUGUUUAAAGAAUAAAACCCCACACUUACAGUGUUUAGGAAUGUGGUUUGAAUUAUGCUUUAAUUUCAAAACACACAUUUAGGCCAGGGUCUAUUUUGGAUCAGUCCGGAGGAAAAAGGUGGUCCAAGUUACACUGAAACACCUUUUAGUGCCUAACGGUUAUAUACCUGGAAUGUCCUUGACAUAUUCUACUGCAUCAGUGUAGAUUUGUACAUAAAGGUUAGAUGUAUUUUGCUGUCAGAUGUUUAACAGGCCCAAAUGAACUUUAAGGCCAGUGAGGUGUUUGUACUGUACAAUGUUGUUGGUUUUAUUUUUGGUAAAUGUACAGAGAAUAUCUAUACGAUGGUGGUUGAUGGCAAAAAGCAAAUUAAAUAUUACCCCCAAAAAAUCAGUGUGUUAAGGCCCUUGUAUGUUAAAUAGAUAUAUAUUAUUUACAGCUAAGAAGGAGGGUAUUUUCAGAAGAAAAAACAACUUAUUUCAGGAAAUAAAUUAGCUGGAAGAGUUUGGAUAUGAGAUCAUAAAGUUAUUUUUAUCUGAUGUUAUUCUUAAUAUGGCUUUAUUAUCUCAGAAAAUAUUCAAUUUUGUUUUAUUCAUUUUUUUUUGCAAAUGUUCAAAAAUAUCCAACUUUGUAUAUUUAAAAAAAAAAGAUUUUAAUUCAAAAAUUUACAGAAAUACAUUUUUAGUUUUUCUCGCAAAAGUAUAAUUUAUUAAUCUGAGAGAAAAUUUGCUUUUUUUCUCAUAAAUGUGUGAAUUUUUUCUCCCAAAUUUAUAACAUAAAUCUCAGAAAAUAUCCAGGUUGUUUCUUGUUGAUUUAAAUCUAUACAUUUCUUAUUUUCUUUCUGGUAAUAUAACUUUCCUCCAAGGUUGUUAAUCUUGUUAAACUAAUCUUUUUUUUAACCUACAAUGGCCCUAAUACUGUUUCCGUCAAUAAAGAAAACAAGUAAGUGGAUUUGUGAUACAGAUUUUUCCUAAAGUAAAACCCAUUUAAUCAGAGACUGCAUGAUCAAUAUGUGUCUGUGUUUACAUGUGUGUAUGUCUUCGUCUCUACAUUUAUGUUGUCUAUCUGUGAUUUUUUUUUUUUAUAUCUCAAAAGCAUGAAGCUAAUCAAAUUAAGACUAGUCCUAAUUCUAAUACAGCUGCCAGGAAACUAAGAAAAUAAAUGCUAUUAAAAAAUAAUUUCUGUGUAAAUGCUUACCUGCCUUUUCACCAACAUGAUAAUGCCAUGAUAAUGAUAAUUGCGUAAAUGAAGGAAAGUCAUGGUUAUUUCAAACUUUGUCUAACCAAUGGCUUCAUGCACAGGUUUAAAUAGCACAUCUGUUGUAGAGGUUUUAUCAGUGUGUGUCAAUGUUGUACACUAAGUGUAACAAGUUAUUAUGUUCCAAUUAAAUGUUCAACAGUUUCAUGAUGAAGUAACGGUUGAGUUUACUGCCCUUCUGUGAUUAACAUUUCCAUAAUGUGCAUUCAAAUCCGAUGUUACUGUUGAUUUAUGAAUGUUUGAUCAUAGGUGAUCCUGUCCAGACGGUGUACUGUGGAAUGCAGUGUUCAAAAUAAAUCCCCUCUUCGAAAAUGUAAUAA